AUGGAUUCCUCCACUAAUGCUCCCUUUGUUUAUACACAAGCGGAUGGUGCUCCUGCCACUGCCACCCAAGAGGCUGCUGCUGCAACCCAAGCUGAAGCUACUAAUGGUGAGUUGCCCCUAGUUCCACCUAGUGUAGUGAGUAAGACUGGUACUGGUAGUGGUAGGAAAAAGUCUUUAGCUUGGAAUCAUUUUGAAAAAGUAAAGGUAGACGAGGGUGUCACUAUGGCUGUAUGUAAUAAUUGUAAAAAAUCAUAUCUGGCUAAUAGUAAGAGUUAUGCUACUAGUAAUUUGUUAGCUCAUGUGACAAUCUGUCCUAAGAACCCUAAUAAAGAAGAUAAAGGGCAGAAAACAUUAGCUUUUGAACCCAAAAAUGAUGGAGAUGAAGGGUUCAAACUUGUGUCAACAACUUUUUCUGUUGAGGCUUCUAGAAAGGCACUAGCUGAAAUGAUAAUAAUUGAUGAGUUGCCUUUUAGGUGUGUUGAGGGUUAUGGGUUUAAGAAAUAUGUAACUACCUUACAACCUAAGCUUCGUCUAAAAGAUAUUCCAUCUCGACAAACUGUGGCUAGAGAUGUGAUUGGAAUUUAUAAUAGUGAGAGAGAGAAGCUAAGGAAAUCCUUGAAGGGUUGUAGGGUGUGUCUUACUACGGACACAUGGACUUCUCAACAAAAUUUGAAUUAUAUGUGUCUCACAUGUCACUUUAUUGAUGAUGCUUGGAAGUUGCAUAAGAGAAUUUUAAAUUUUUGUCAAAUUGAAGAUCAUAAAGGGGAGACUAUAGGUAGAAAGAUUGAGAUGUCUUUGCGUGAGUGGGGUAUUGAUGGCAUAUUCACUUUGACAGUGGAUAAUGCUAGUUUCAAUUUAACCACAUUUAAAUUUUUACAAACGGUAACAAAAGAUUGGAAUGGGAUAGUUUUAGGAAAUGAGUUAAUGCACAUGAGGUGUUGUGCUCAUAUCCUGAAUCUCAUUGUUGGGGAGGGUUUGAAAGAAAUUGAUGCAUCUGUUACGAGGGUGCGUGAAGCUGUGAGAUAUGUGAAGUCCUCGCCCAAUAGAAAUCAAACCUUUAGGAAUUUUAUGGAGAGGUUAGGUAUGGAGUCUAAGAGUCUUCUUUGUCUAGAUGUACCUACUAGGUGGAACUCAACUUAA